AUGAAAACAAUGAUUAAACAAAGUGUUGAACCGAACAUCACUUCAUCGCUUCCAGAUUUCUUAAAAAGUUUUAGAUUUGAAAGACUAGACUUAGGGUCGGAGCCGGCACGCAUUGGAAGUAUUAAAUGUUACGAUGAAAACACAUCCAGAGAUGAGAUAAUAUUGGAUAUAGAGAUACAUUAUGCCGGCAAUUGUGACAUUCAGGUGCGGGUAAAGGGUAUGAAAGCGGGUAUUAAAAACUUGCAAUUAUACGGUUUACUACGGGUUGAGUUGCGGCCACUACUUAAGGAUAUACCACUUUUCGGUUGCGUUUCUCUCUAUUUUCUCAACAAUCCGUCGAUUGAUUUCAAUUUGACUAAUUUGGCAGAUAUUUUAGAUAUGCCGGGAUUGAGUAAUUACUUAAGACAUGCCAUACAAGAGAAGUUGGCAGCUCUGAUGGUUUUGCCCAACAAAGUGGUUGUGCCACUCAUUGAUGGCCUGUCAAUGAAAUCAAUUAGGUUUGCGCCACCGAUUGGAGUCAUGCGGCUGGAAGUGAUUGAAGCGAAGAACUUGAAAAAGAGUGACGUCGGGAUGUUAGGUCUGGGGAAGAGUGAUCCAUACGUGCGAAUCAUAAUCGGGAGUCAAGAAUUCAGAUCUCCAGUCAUUUACAAUACAGUGAAUCCAAAGUGGAAUUACAUCUGCGAAGCAGUGGUCCAUCACUUACACGACCAGAACGUGGAGAUAGAAGUGAUGGAUGAGGACCAG